AUGAAAGCGACAUCAACGCCUUUGCCCGCACCCAGAGGACCCUCUAUCCAACUUGCGGUGAGCGCGGUCCUCGAGCUUCUCCUGAGCACCGGGAAAUGGAAUUCAUUGCUGUCGCCCGUCCAUUUGGACCCCUCCAUCUGUGAGAAGGCUCUCGCGAUUGCGACCGAGGCCGCACAGGUCCAAAACUUGCAGUGGCUGCUAGACCGGGGGUUCUUGCCAGUCCGAGGGCCCCAGUCGUCAUCGUCGCCUCCGCCCACGGUCAAUUUGCUGGGCCUUGUGGCACUCACAACGGGGGCAGACGACGCCGCCGCGGCCACUCUGGAUCUCCUCCUCCGGGCUGGUCUGGAUGUCAACGAGAUCAUCUCCCGUGAAACAGCGCUGACGCUCGUCGCCUGGCGUUGCGACCUGUGGCAAGAGUCUCAGCGCUGUCGCGUGCGCAUGCGAAUGCUGCUCGAUCGCGGUGCCCAUCUGCUACCGCCACAAAACCUCCCACAUGCCACGCGCUGCGGCAUCCUCGGGCCCCUCAGUCUCAAGCUGCUCGGUCGGCACCCCGAGCUGGACAGGCUGAUCUUCCAGGAGUUGGAGGCGCGCCGCGAGCCAUGGCCAGUGGGCGAACGUUUGUUCGGGUGGGCGGAGUAUUGUGCGCAUAUCCGGGAAAUAAGGCAGUACUCGUGGCGAGUCCGAUAUCUUAUUUAA